GGAGGGAGGGAGAACGCAGGGAAAGGAGGAGUCGCGCGCACCCGAGCGGCGUCUCGAGCGUGCUGAUUGGCCCCCCACCCGCCGGACCCGGGAUACUUCCUGAAAUGUCCGCGACUCUACGUUCCAUUGGGCUGCAUCCGGCAGAAGCCAGGACCCUGGCUCCCCCUGGGGGUGACUAAGCCGCGUGCACCAUCCUCCCCGCUGGGGAGUGGAGGCCUGGGCAGCAUGACGACGGAGACCUUUGUGAAAGAUAUCAAGCCAGGACUUAAGAAUCUGAAUCUUAUCUUCAUCGUGCUAGAGACAGGCCGAGUCACCAAGACGAAAGAUGGACAUGAGGUGAGGACCUGCAAAGUAGCAGAUAAGACAGGUAGCAUCAAUAUAUCUGUUUGGGAUGAUGUUGGCAACCUGAUCCAGCCUGGGGACAUUAUUCGACUCACCAAGGGGUACGCUUCAGUAUUUAAAGGCUGUCUGACGCUGUACACUGGCCGUGGGGGUGAUCUGCAGAAGAUUGGAGAAUUCUGUAUGGUUUAUUCUGAGGUCCCCAACUUCAGUGAGCCAAACCCCGAGUACAGUGCCCAGCAGCUCCCCAACAAAACGGUACAGAAUGACAGUACCUCUGCCACUUCCCAGGCCCCUUCUGGCCCUUCUGGUGUCUCUCCAGCCUCUGAGAGUCAAAAUGGGAACGGCCUAACCACCCCCCCUGGCCCAGGCAGUGGCCCCCAUGCACCCCACGCCCCCCCUCACCCUAUCAGCACCCGAAUUACUCGAAGUCAGCCUAGCCACACACCUGCUGGCCCUCCAGGCCCCUCCUCCAACCCUGUCAGCAACGGCAAAGAGACCCGGAGGAGCAGCAAGAGAUAGCGAGACACCCUUCUUCCUCACUGAAGACAACCCUCUUAUCUGUCUCCCCACUGGGAGCUAGCUGUGUGUGUAUGGUAUGGGGGUGGGGUAUUUUAGCCUCAGACUUUCUGAGCUGAUGUAUAAGGGGGCAGUCAUUUCUCCCCCUUAUUUCUUAAGCCAAACCCCACCCUCCCACUCAAGUGAGAGUACUUUGUCUCCUGCCCCUUCAUUCUGGGCACUCCAAACUUCCUCUACCAUUUUUAGAAACCAAAUUUGGGAUGAGUAUGUUAAAUGUGUGUGAUAUAGGGGACUUCCCUAAUAAAUACUUAUACCCAGUG